GAGCGCCGUUCCUCUUCCACCCUUCCACCCUCCUCCUCCCCCCCCUCAUGCUCUUCCCCAUAUCUCCACCACUACUCAUCGCGUUCAUCGCGUUCCCCAACAUCCCGUCACCGCCAGCGGUCAUACUCACGCUCGCGCCGGACGCGCUCCUCGCGGUCACGCUCCCCCCGUUAUCGAGAUAGCAGUCGUCGGCAGCCUCUUCGCCCACGGUCGCGGUCGCGGGAGCACUCAGCCAACGUGCCUGUCAACAAGAAGUAAGUCAACAGCAUGAAUAAGACUUCAGUACUCACUACUCUGUUCAGAGAGGACUCCAUCUCCCGUUUGGGUCGCGGUAUUCGCAAAAUAGCUGUGCUAUUCGACCCACUGCAGCUGUACAUUGUGGACGCCCUUGCCUAUGCAAAGAAUCCAUAUGAUGACCUGGGAUACGACCGUCUCACCAAGAAUUUGACAGAGGAAGAGCAGAACACACUGAUUGAUAAACGAAAGUAAGUCAAUCAUGAUGCUUUUGUAUCAGGACUAUCCACUCACCAGGUAUAUGUAGGGGCGAAAGAAUCUAUGAAGGAUAUCUACAAAUUGCUCGGUUGGUGCCCGGUAUCGACAAAAGGAUUGAUGGCAGCACGGGAGCGAAGGCGUACUUUGCCUUGGUGGGUGUGGGCUGCGUUUGAUAUUGGACAUUGGCUGAUGUGAAUUGCAGCUUCAGAAAGGCGCGAAUGACGCGCGCAGCGAGAACGUCCGAACGGUCACUAGACUGGUUGGGGAGCACAUCAACAUGGAUCUCAGCCGCCAAAACUCAACUCUGCGCAAAUUUGAUCAUACACCCAAUGCCUUCGAGGAACGCGGUGGCCGUGAAGUCGAGAUUACUGGUCGCGCUCCCAUAUUGAAUCCAACUACGCGGAGUGGUCGGGGCUUGACUCACGAUGUUACUGGUGGGCUUUGCACGUCGAUUGAUCAUGACUGGAGCGAAGAGAGCAUACGACGCGACCUUCGUGACAACAAACUGGGCCUUGCCCCGAACUACUUCUUUCGUGUCUUCUAUGCCAACUACCACGGAAAUGCGAAGAAGGUGGAGGAGGGGUUCCUCAAGAGUCCACUUCUCGUCAAGGCGUGGCUAGCCAUCUUCAUGGCUUCAGCUAGCGAUCAAGAUGAAAACACGGCCCCAACUCGUUGCAGGGAUACUCAAGAGGCAACUUCUAAACGCCCACCAGUGGCUGAACUCCUUGGGUUCGACGGCCAUGUGCCCCCUCGCACUAUUGCAUACACUGCUGUUCUUGUUUAUUUUGCGCUCUCCGAUGUGAGCCAAUGGCGUCGCAAGUUCAAUGGUGUUGAUCUCGACAACAUGUAUACCUUCCUCGUCGACUACUUUGAGGACAAUGUGCCAAAUUCCAAGGCCGAAAAACGCGUUGGUGAGCUUCAAGCAUGGUGGAACAAGAAAACAGCAACGGCGGACGGUGCAUCAGCAACGACUUACGAGACUGCAAUCACUACUACCCAGAGUUUGUGGCAGCAGCGCAUGGAGGAAGAGGAGGAUGAGCAAGGAGAACAGGGCGACGCUGAACAGGCGGCAGGCUGA